AUGACCAUGGCAAUGCAUCAACGGCCCGAGACCUUCGACAUCCACGAAGACGCAGCCACUGAAGAAACAGAGAUGAUGCUUGAUGAUGACCAUAUCGAAGAUCUGGAUCCUGCAGCAUUCGAGCAGCCAGAGGAGCCUGAAGAAGAAGAAGAGGAGGAGGAGGAGGAGGAGGAGGAAGCCGAGUAUGACGACAGCUCCGAAGAUGAAAAUAUUGAAGACAGUGUCCAGGCAGACAUGGACAAGCUGCAAAAAGACUUUCCCGGAUUCCACGAUAAAUACAGAUUGAUAAAGCGCAUCGGCGAGGGUACCUUCUCGACCGUCUUCAAAGCUGAGGACAUUCGCUACGACCACUACGACAACGAUUGGGACUUUGAAGAUGAUAGCGCGAAGUGGACACCGCCGCCUUUGAAGCGGGAUUCAAGUCAGAAUUCUCUGCGGGCCAAGAAGAAGUCGCGAUUUGUCGCCAUUAAGAAGAUUUACGUCACGUCGAGUCCCGCGCGCAUCCUGAACGAGCUCGAGCUCUUGCACGAUCUGCGACAGUGCCCAUCCGUCUGCCCACUCAUCACGGCAUUCCGUGAAACAGACCAGGUAGUAGCCAUUCUGCCAUACUUUCGUCACGGAGACUUCCGUGCCUAUUUUCGGGACAUGACCAUUCCCGAUAUUGCCAUCUACCUGAGAUCACUCUUUACAGCUCUGAAGAGUGUCCAUGAGCACAGGAUUCUGCAUAGAGAUAUCAAGCCCACCAACUUUCUCUACGACCCCGUUACACAACACGGAGUAUUGGUAGAUUUCGGAUUGGCAGAGCGAGAAGGAUCAGACAGCAAGCCCUGCCUCUGCCACGAAGCUCGAGAGUCGCGCAAGCACCGCCAAGCCAAUUCGGUUUGGGCGCAGACCGCGACGACGGCACAAGCUGGAUACCCCAAGUCAGACACUCGCCCGUCACGGCGUGCCAACCGUGCAGGCACCAGAGGCUUCCGCGCCCCCGAAGUGCUGUAUAAAUGCACUGAGCAGACCACGGCGAUUGACAUUUGGUCAGCUGGUGUUAUUCUGCUUACCAUCUUGUCGAAACGCUUCCCCUUUUUCAAUUCCGCUGAUGAUGUUGAGGCUAUGAUUGAGAUCGCCACCAUAUUCGGGUCCAAGAGAAUGAAGGCCGCGGGCUUGAUGCACGGCUGUGUCUUCGAGACCACCAUUCCCACUGUGGGACAGCAGGGCUUUACGAUGGAGAAGAUUAUUCUCUGGAGUACCUGCCGAACAGACGACAAGCCCUUGACUGAUGAGGAACAGCAGGCCGUGCGCUUCUUGGAGAGGUGUAUGGAACUGGACCCAAAUCGCCGCAUGACAGCUGAAGAGGCUUUGGACCAUGAACUUUUACGAAUUGACCAGCCGCCAGAGGACGACUUGGCCGGCGAUGACGAAAUGGAUAUGCUAGAGGCAUAA